AUGGGAAACUUCGUAACUUUACGGCUGCACUCAGCAGCCCUUAAAACAAUUAAUUUGAAAUUGAAAAAGGUUUGGAAAAGCUCAAAGUCUCUGCAUGCUCCCAGGGAAAAAAAUGAAAGGGGGCAAGUAGUAGAGUCUGCUGCUUCGUCUCUGAGCUACUCCAUUCAAAUUGAAAGAAAGGAGGCGAGCGUGGUGUUUCUGGUGAAUGUGGACUUGGGCGUAAGCGAAGAAGAAGUGCGGAAGUGUCUGUCGGCGCUGCUGCCGGUGGUGUCUGUGCGGGUGCCGAGGUCGAGCGCCGCUGCGGUGGCUGGCAGCGACACGCUGCUGCUGCACAACUUGCCGCUGGCAGCAACUGAAGCUGCUCUGUACAGAAUGGCCUCUGGCGUUGCUGCUGUGAAGAAGACUCGGAUGGCCCGGGACAGCAGCAGCGGGAAGCCCCUGGGUUACGGCUACGUGCAGCUGCAGUCUGCAGCAGCAGCAGCUGCCGCGCUGGUUGCGCUGCAGCAGCAGCAGCGGGAGGAGCAGCUGUCGGGAGGGGGCCCGUCGUGGCGGGUGUGCAGCUGCCUGCCCCCGCUGAAGCUGAAUUUGAAUUCUGCGUGA